UUUUUUAAGGAAAUUGUUUCCAAUAUUGCUGAGCAGAAACAGGUUAAAAAGGAAGAUGUGCCCUCUGAGCGUUACCUGGGUUAUCUGGAACAGCUUCUCAAACUGCAAAAAUACAACCUACCCCAGCUGGAACAACUUCACAGUAUGAAAGAGGGAAAACAUGCCCAACAGAAAAAGCCUAUGAAAGGAGUGAGUCAGGAACUGGCCUACUUCUACCCUCAGCUUUUCAGACAGUUCUACCAGCUGGAUGCCUAUCCUUCUGGUGCCUGGUAUUACCUUCCACUAGGCAUUCAAUACACCGAGGCCCCAUCAUUUCCUGACACCCCUAACCCCGUUGGCUCUGAGAACAGCGGAAAGAUUACUAUGCCACUGUGGUGAAGAGUCAAGUGAAUUCUGAGGAACUCCACAAUUAUGGUCUUUGAUGGGACUGAAAAUUCCAUGCUCUACAUGUUUUUAAUCUAUCAUGUCAAACCAUUCUAUCCAAAGGCUUCAACUGUUAUUUUAGAAUAGGGCAAUCUCAAACUGAAGGCACUCUUUCUUCUUGAGUUCUUUACUGUAUUUUAGGUAAUGUAACAUCCUUAAGUGAAAUUGGCCUAACAGCUUGUUACCUAAAUUCCAGUAGUAUCAUGCUGGUAUAAAGGCCACUGAGUCAAAGGGAAUUAAAGUCUUCAUUAAAUUUCUAUAUGGAAAAUCUGCUUUAAAAGCCUUUGAAUCACUUCUCCUGUAAGUGCCAUCAUUUCAAAUAAUUGUGUGCAGUAACUGAGCUUUUGUCUUUCUUCUUUUCAAUAAAUUACAUUUUAAGGCAC